CUUUGAUUGGAAGAGGAUGGUGUUGACAUAUGAAUAAUAAAUCUGUUUAGUUUCUUUAGAAAUGUUUGAAUUAGAAACGUUGCAGAAGUUAACCUUACCCGCUCGUUCUGAAUGUAUGUAUACAUCGUGUUAUUGUGAAGAAAAUGUUUGGAAACUAUGUGAAAAGGUUAAAGACACACAACCUAAUUUAUUGCCUAAUUGUUUUGUAGUAUUUAUUUCAAAUAGGAAUCAAACUGUACCUUUAUGGAAACAAGGUGCAUCACAGAAUGAAGAUGGUUUAACAAUAUGGGAUUAUCAUGUCAUAUUUAUUCAUAAACCUUGUGAUAAUAGUGAAGCUUUGGUUUAUGAUUUGGAUAGUCUCUUACCAUUUCCCACAUCUUUUAAUACAUAUUUUCUUCAAACGUUUCGUUCUGACGAUAUUUUGAAAUUAGAAUAUCACAGGUCAUUUAGAGUAAUGCUAGCAGAGACUUUUAUGAAAACUUUCUCUUCUGAUCGUUCACGUAUGAUUGCAUUAGAUGGGACCUGGAUCAAGCCACCACCUCCAUAUCCAUGCAUACAAGCACCAGGAUUUAAUAGUAAUUUAGAUGACUUCAUAAGCAUGGAUCCGAACAGAGGUUUCGGGGAGGUUCUGAGCAUUAAAAAAUUUGAAGAAAAAUUCAGUUGUUUUUAAGAAAACCAAAAUUGGUAAACUGUAACAAUUGUAUUGUAUAUAACAUUUGUGAAUAUUUGCAAGAAUAUUUGUCAUUUUACAUUAAGUAAGUUUUAAAAUUAUUGAUUUGUGCACGAGUAUAUUUUAUAUUCAUUUUUAUAAUAGCCAAAGAU